CGAGCGAGAAGGUGCCCAUAUGUAUCUCGUCCGGUGCGUCGCCGUCGGCCAUUGUCUCUGACAUGGAAGCCUAUCAAAAUGGCAGAGGUCGUGCAGAUGUUUUUGUUCCUAUAUAAAUCGAAGUACCGUCGGAAAGGGCAGUGCCGUGAGGUGGUACGAGAUCAGUGCGGUGUAAUUGCAGUGCCGUGGCCGAUACUGUGGGCGGCGCUGAUCUGUUGGGUGGUGCACGUAACCGCGGCUGCCUCCUCCUCCUCGUUGUCGCUGACGACGGAUACGACCUGCGACACGGACAGUUGCAUCAACGGGGACUGUGUCAAUGGCACCUGCGUGUGCCACGAGGGUUGGCAGGGUUCGGCGUGCCGAUUCUGCGGCGGAAAAGUCAGACUGACGGAGUCGGUGGGAAACAUCCACGACGGUAUCGGCAACUAUACUGCAGACGUCAAGUGUUCCUGGCUGAUCCAGAGCAGCCCGAACUCCACGAUACGGAUACACGUGGAGCAAUUCGCCACGGAAUGCGGCUGGGAUCACAUGUACAUCUACGACGGUGACAGCGUCGAAGCGCCGUUGCUCGCUGUCUUCUCUGGAUUGAUGCACAAAGAUGGCUACCAUAUACGCCGCGUGCCGGAAGUGAUCGCGCAGUCCGGAAGUGCGCUGCUUCACUUCUACUCGGACGUAGUGUACAACAUGAGCGGCUUCAAUAUUACCUACAAGAUCAACGCUUGCCCAAGCAGGUAUUCGCACAUUGACUGCUCCGGCCAUGGAGUCUGUAUCGACGGCGUUUGCACGUGUGACGCUACAUGGAUUGGCGAGGCCUGCGAGAUUCAAGUUUGCCCGAACAAUUGUUCCCAUAGUCAUGGACAGGGCGAGUGUAACCGGGAGAGCCAUCACUGUGACUGCGUGCACGGUUUCAAGGGUUCUGACUGCAGCCAAAGAAGUGAUCGUGGAUUUUGGGAGAGCGUCACGUACACUGACUUCUCACCGGAAGGUUCGGCUAGUCAUUGUUCCAUCGUUUGGAAGGAUUCCUUGUAUGUAGUUGGCGGUGAGAGCUUUCAUCGCACCAAGAUGAUUUACGUGUAUGAUUUCAAUGGAAACGUCUGGGAAACCCCUCAUGUGGAGGGUAAGGUUCCUCUACCCCGGUACGCGCAUUCGUGUGUACUCUUUGGCGACAAGAUAUUCAUGUAUGGCGGUGUACUGCCUAAUUCCACGGUAACCAACGAGAUCUGGGCCUUUGACGUGUCGGCAAAAGUCUGGGAGAACGUAACUGUGCACGACAACUACCAUAACAACAAGACCAUGCGUGGUCCCUUAAAGGUAGCUGGACACACUGCAACCCUGGUGCAGAGUCAUGGAAGGAAAGAAAAGAUGGUGGUAAUAUUUGGCUAUUCACCUCAGUAUGGCUAUUUAAACGAGGUCCAGGAAUACUAUUUGGGUACCCGCGAGUGGCAAAUUGUGGAGACAGUCGGAUUCCCUGUAAAGGGUGGCUAUGGCCAUACUUCCGCCUAUGACCCGUUAACGAGUUUAAUUUAUGUAUAUGGAGGAUAUGUCUCAGAAUCACAGAGCACACAGGUGGUAACCAAUCGACUGUACUCCUACCACCCUAAUUCUCGUGAGUGGACAUUGUUGACGUCUGCCCCAUCGGCACGUUUCUUUCAUACGGCCGUGUUCAUUUCUGGUGGCUUGAUGAUCGUCUUUGGAGGCAACAUGCACAAUGAUACGCAACAUUCAGAUGGAACGAAGUGUUACUCAGCUGAUACGAUCGCGUACGAUGUCACGUGUGAUUCGUGGCAUCAGUUUCCUAUGCCCAAAGAGAUGACCGAUCUGCCUAGGUAUGGGCACAGUACGACAGUGUUCGAGAAAUCGAUGUACAUUUAUGGAGGAUUUGAUGGACAGAUGUUGUCUGACAUGUCAAGGUAUACACCAGGAAAUUGCGAACACCUAACAAAUCAAAAUCAAUGUUUAAACGCAAGGACAGGCGUGAAGUGCGUGUGGGACAAGAGUGAAGAUCGAUGUAUACAGAUUACCAAGAUAUCCCGGCAAGUGCUUCUUAACGACGACAUGCACGACGGAAUUUACAUGAGAUGCCUAGACGACACGCCGCCACGCGGGAUGACGUCUCACAAGGAGUUAUGCAAGCUGCUCACGGAUUGCGUGGCAUGCGUGCAAACCUCGUACAAUUGCGUGUGGUGCGGUAAGAGUUGCUCGUACGAGAUUUGCCGAGACAACGCUAAUGCACCUCCGACCAAGGCAAUCACGAAUCUGGUACAAUGCGACGCUCACACCGGCAUUGAGUGUUUGCAAUUGCACACGUGCCAUGCGUGCUCUAGUAAUCCGCAUUGCAUCUGGUCCUGGUCGAAUGGACCUGAUCGGUGUAAACCGUACUCGAAGGCUCGAGACCAGGUGACAAUUUUAAAUGGAACUAUCCAAGCACAAAGGUUAUCCAUAGAUUCCUGUCGCAACCCGUGUGUGGAUUAUACUUCUUGUAAAAAUUGUACGGAGUCAGAUUGCAUUUGGUGUCAGAAUGAGAAGAAGUGCGUCGAUAAAACUGCAUAUCCUGUGAGUUUUCCCUACGGCCAAUGCCGUGAGUGGACUACGGUUGACGCAAAAUGUCGUGCCACGGAAACAGGAAAAGAGUGGUGUACGUUUUAUUCGUCUUGCGCGGCAUGUCGUUCUGAUCCUGGAUGCGGUUGGUGUGACGAUGGUUCUGGAACAGGAAAGGGAUUGUGUCUCCCAGGUGGAGCUCGUGGGCCAAGUCGUAAAAGCUUGGACACUUGCCCAUUUGAACGAUGGUACUUUACCAAAUGUCCUACUUGUCAAUGCAACGGUCACAGCAAGUGUCGCUCAAAUAGCAGUAUAUGCAUUCAACCAUGUGAAAAUUUGACUUACGGACCUCAUUGCGAUAAAUGCAUGCCCGGCUAUUACGGAAGUCCCCUAAAUGGAGCCACUUGCCAACCCUGCUUUUGUAAUAACCAAGGCACACAGUGUUCCAGCGAAACGGGUAAAUGUUCCUGUACAACGAAAGGCAUUAUCGGAGAUCAUUGUGAACGAUGCGAUGUAUCUAGCCUCUAUCAUGGAGACCCUACAAAUAAAGGAUCAUGUUUUUACGAUUUGGCAAUCGAUUAUCAAUUUACAUUCAAUUUAAGUAAAAAAGAAGAUCGUCAGUAUAGGGCAAUUAAUUUCAAAAAUUCUCCACCAAAAUCCGAUAUUGAUGCGGAAUUUUCUAUUACCUGUUCCGUUCUGGCUAAAAUGAAUAUUACCGUGAGGAAAGGCAAUACGCCGGAACUGCCAGUCACCCUUGGUGCAAAUUGCACGACCAACAUGUACAAGUAUCGUUUUAUGAAAGAAAUUUAUGGUUUUGGUAGUGAAAACAAUAACACGUUGAUCACGGUGUACGUUUACGUGUACGACUUCCAGCCACCUGUAUGGAUUCAAAUUUCCUUUUCUCAGUAUUCCAAACUCAACUUGCAGCAGUUCUUCAUAACAUUUUGCACAGAUUACAUGCCUAGGUGCUUCCUCGCUCUGCUGUUGGUGGCUGCUGUCCUUUGGAAAAUUAAGCAAAAAUAUGACAUGUACAGAAGAAGGCAAAGAUUGUUCGUAGAAAUGGAACAAAUGGCCAGUAGGGCGUUUAGCCAGGUUUUGGUGGAAAUCGAGAGGCGGGAUAUCGAUAAUUCCGAUUCAGAACGAAGUGAGUCUGAGUUGACUAAUUGUCGUAAAAAGAAAAAGGACGCCCCUAGUCCGAUCGCGCUGGAGCCAUGUUGUGGUAACAGAGCAGCGGUCUUGUCGUUGCUAGUCAGACUACCUACAGGCGGUGAACCGUACACGCCGGCUGGUCAGAGCGCCGGUUUAGCCGUAGCGUCUGCGUUAGUUACACUGGGUAGUCCGCGGAGGCCCUCUCAGGAAUUGACGACGAAGGAGCCGACGAAAACACGAAAGUCUGCCAGCCAACACCCAGAUUCCACUUGCAUUUAGCGAUAAC